AUGAACAAGAGUUUCGAGGACUCGUCGAAUGGCCGCGGUAGUCUGAAAGGGUUUUAUUCCUACAAGAAUACUUUCGAUGAGGACAGUGUCUGGCUGGAUAUACCUAAGGAUGUGGUCUUUGUCGACAAUUCUGAUCCGUGUGCGGAGGAGCUGGAGACUGUUCUUGGGGAAUCUGAAGCCGCUAUUCUAGCUUCGAAGGCUCAACAAAAAGGUUUACAGACGCCUUCCUCUGCCGACGGGGAGAUUCGAGGCUUGGAACAAUCGUCCACAGCGGGAUCUACUAAUCGGUACUCUUUUUCUCCCCUCGCUACCGACAACGGAUCUCAUUCUCUGGCACCGGAUCACAAUACGCAUUCCAAUAUGCUAGACCUUACCGCCCCUUCAAUACCGUCUAGACCUUCAACCAAUGUACCGCAUACUGCGUUGGCCCCUCAACCAUCGCCUCCGAUUUCUAUCUCUUCUUUCUCCAAUCCCAACAGCAACAACACGAACAAUGACAUCAAAUUCAUUUUGAAUCCUUCCCAAACUCUAUCACCGCCCAUUGAUCCUAGUACCCAGCAUACCUCGGAGCCGACAAUAUCUUCAAUUCCCUCCAGGUCAGUGUUGCCACGAAAUGCCGGGAAUGCCGAACAGAAGUCAGAGCAGCCAGUGGAGACCGAGUAUGAAGUUGUCUUUCUCCUGAGACACUUUUCAGAAGCUCCGGGGCUGUGGAUGGAUCUCUUCGAUUUAGGGACCUACUUUGCGUCACUCGUUCCGGUCAAGGCUCUCACGAAUCCUCUUCUCAAGUAUGCCGCGUGUGCAUACGCUGCGAAACAGCUUGGUCGCGUGAAUGGCGUAAAAUCUCCUUUUGGUGGCGUCAGCGGGAAGCAGGCUUUCACGGAGACGUGGCCUGAUGGGAGACGCAUAGAUUGGACCUGGUGUGGCGCUAAGUACUAUGAAAAAGCCAUCCAACUCCUGGUGAAUGAGCUGCAACCUGACGAAGGUCCGCCACCUUUGAGCACUCCGGAGGCGUUCGGUCAGUGGCAGGCCGCUGAACUGUGCCAGAACCGCGACAAUUCUCGAAAACGUAGAAGACAUAAUCGAUCAUCUGGUGGUGUCCAUUCCGACGAAGUUCUUGCCGCGACAGCGAUAUUAUCCAUCUAUGAAUUCCUUGAUGCGACUGGUACCGCGUGGAAUCGGCACCUGAGUGGUGUGAAAUCCCUGCUGGAUGUCGCUGAAGUUGGUAUGUUGCCACUCGAGCAACACCCUUCUCCAGGGGAUGGAUCGCUUCAGCCGCCUAGGAAGUUCGGGCUUUCGAGAGCCAGGAGGGCAACAUUCUGGAACUUUGCCAGGCAAGACUACCUGGCUGCAUUCAUCAACGAGACGCAAACCAGGCUGAAUACCGACGACGUGGUAUUGUGGACUGAAGCUGGUCUUCAGCUCGAUAGCAUGGGAUUUGUGCGUACCACCAAUUUGAACGCGGCCGGCUAUCCCGACGAGGGCGACGAAAUGAAAGAGGAUCUCAUUUCCAAUGCCCUCGUGUGGAUAGCUUCCAAGAUUGUCAAUUUCAUUGGCGCCGGAGAUACCCCUCAUUUGACGCACACUGGUGCUGUUACAGCAGGCCAAAUGAGCCUCUCUCAACAAGCUCUCCUUGAGCGUUGGCAUCGCCUCGAAGCCGAGCUUGAGACAUGGUACAAGAGGCUUCCGGCUAGCUUUCGACCGUGCGCUCGUAUCGACUUAUCCAACGUUCCGCACCCAAGAACGGCCGAGGAUGAGGAUGCUGCCUCGUUUUCUGAAAUAUGGUUCAGCAUUCCGAUGUGCUCGUCGGCUAUACAGCAUUAUCACAUGGCUCGCAUUCUUCUACUUAUCAACAAGCCUCAUGAUUCAAUCAAUAGGAGAAGUGCCAUAACGAACCGGCUCAACUCAUACCGAUCUAUUGAGAAUGAGAUUCGCUUCCAUAGCCGCGAAAUUGUCGGCAUCUCAUUGGCUCGUCCGCAUGGCUCCGUUCGUAUUAACUCUCUCCAGCCUUUGUUUGUGAGUGGUCAGUGUCUCACUGAGCCUCGUGAACGCCGGGUAGUUUUGCGCUUGCUUCGGGGUAUAGAAGCUGAUCUCGGUUGGGCAACCGAGUAUCGCGUGAAGCAGUUGCUUAGGGAGUGGGGGUGGGAUGAAGCAUCCAAUUCCACAGGGGUCUCAUAA